AUGGUGCGGAUCAAGGACAUGAUCGGAGGUCUGAUCGAGAAGGAACGUCUGAAGGUCGUUCUGAAUCUCAAGGCGGUCGAUCACAUCAACUACUUGAGCAUCGGGGUGCUGCUCGACCGUUUGAGAUUGUUGCGCGAAAUGAAUGGCGACCUGAAGCUCUCGGGCAUGGACCCCCAUCUGAAGGAUAUCUUCCGGGUCGUGGGCAUGGACGGGGUCUUCGAGUUCUACGCUUCCUUGGACGAUGCCAUCGAGAGUUUCGACGAGGAUUGGGAUGGGGCGGCCACCUGCCACUGA